AUGUGUCCGGCCUCACCUGGAGCACUGCAGCAGCCCCCCCAUGUGUCCGGCCUCACCUGGAGCCCUCCUGGAGCCCCCCAUGUGUCCGGCCUCACCUGGAGCACUCCAGCAGCCCCCCCAUGUGUCCGGCCUCACCUGGAGCACUCCAGCAGCCCCCCCAUGUGUCCGGCCUCACCUGGAGCCCUCCUGGAGCCCCCAUGUGUCCGGCCUCACCUGGAGCCCUCCUGGAGCCCCCCCAUGUGUCCGGCCUCACCUGGAGCCCUCCUGGAGCCCCCCCAUGUGUCCGGCCUCACCUGGAGCACUCCAGCAGCCCCCCCAUGUGUCCGGCCUCACCUGGAGCCCUCCUGGAGCCCCCCAUGUGUCCGGCCUCACCUGGAGCACUCCAGCAGCCCCCCCAUGUGUCCGGCCUCACCUGGAGCACUCCAGCAGCCCCCCCAUGUGUCCGGCCUCACCUGGAGCCCUCCUGGAGCCCCCAUGUGUCCGGCCUCACCUGGAGCCCUCCUGGAGCCCCCCAUGUGUCCGGCCUCACCUGGAGCCCUCCUGGAGCCCCCCCAUGUGUCCGGCCUCACCUGGAGCACUCCAGCAGCCCCCCCAUGUGUCCGGCCUCAUCUGGAGCCCUCCUGGAGCCCCCCAUGUGUCCGGCCUCACCUGGAGCCCUCCUGGAGCCCCCAUGUGUCCGGCCUCACCUGGAGCCCUCCUGGAGCCCCCAUGUGUCCAGCCUCACCUGGAGCCCCCCAUGUGUCCGGCCUCACCUGGAGCCCUCCUGGAGCCCCCAUGUGUCCGGCCUCACCUGGAGCCCUCCUGGAGCCCCCAUGUGUCCGGCCUCACCUGGAGCACUCCAGCAGCCCCCAUGUGUCCGGCCUCACCUGGAGCCCUCCUGGAGCCCCCAUGUGUCCAGCCUCACCUGGAGCCCUCCUGGAGCCCCCCAUGUGUCCGGCCUCACCUGGAGCACUCCAGCAGCCCCCAUGUGUCCGGCCUCACCUGGAGCCCUCCUGGAGCCCCCAUGUGUCCGGCCUCACCUGGAGCCCUCCUGGAGCCCCCCAUGUGUCCGGCCUCACCUGGAGCACUCCAGCAGCCCCCAUGUGUCCGGCCUCACCUGAAGCCCUCCUGGAGCCCCCAUGUGUCCGGCCUCACCUGGAGCACUCCAGCAGCCCCCAUGUGUCCGGCCUCACCUGGAGCACUCCAGCAGCCCCCCCAUGUGUCCGGCCUCACCUGGAGCACUCCAGCAGCCCCCCAUGUGUCCGCCCUGACCUGGAGCCCUCCUGGAGCCCCCCAUGUGUCCGCCCUGACCUGGAGCACUCCAGCAGCCCCCAGGCCUCCUGCACUCAUCUUCCUCAACAACUCUCAUUAGUGUGCAUCCACUCUAGACAACGAUACAGGUCCUCCACUGCAUCACUGGCAUGUGUCAGCAAUAGAAAGGAACACAAUACUGAUCCCUAA